AGGAUUAAUUUUCAAAAAUGUAAAAUAACUGAAAAUAUGUCUGUAGUAAUUGGAAAUCUUAUCAAAAACUCCUGUCGAAUUCAAUGUUUGAACAUUUCAGAAAAUAGUAACAUUGAAAAUGGUUUGAUACACAUUAUUACGAAACUUGAAAGAUCACAUGACACUUUAAGGGAAAUUGAUCUUACUAACUGCAAUUUGAAUAAGAGUAUGUGCAAACUUAUUAUAGAUACAUUGCGAAAUUUUUCAACACUUGAAAAUGUCUACCUUGGAGAAAAUACAAAUAUUGGAAUGCAUUUCUCUGAUAUUUGUAAAGGAUUGAAGACAUCUUGCAAAACAUUGAUCACGAUAAGCUUAUAUAAUUGCGGUCUCUGUGGAGAAUAUGGUGAAGAGCUUAAAAAUCUUUUCACUCUCUGUCCUCAAAUUCAACAAAUCAAUAUUGGACACAAUGAUACUAUAGCUAAUGAGAAUUUGAAACUUUUCAAAGGUCUUCAAUGUUCCUCCUACACAUUAAAAAUAAUUCGUAUUACAGAGUUUAAAUUGGAUGAAGACGCUAGCAAUCAUCUUGGAAAUCUACUUUUGGAUUGUCAUCAUAUCGAAGAAUUAGAUUUAGAAGGAAAUACAAAUAUGAGAAAAGGAUUUUUUGCAAUUUGUAAUGGUCUGCAAAAUUCUUGUUCAAAAUUAAAAUUUCUUUACCUAGAAGAGUGUAAUUUAAAUGAAAAUAUGGGAUUAUCUUUGGCACAGUUGUUAGUGAAUUGUACUCAAUUGCAGGCAUGUCAAUUGAAAUCUAAUAAAGAUCUUGUAGAAGCGAUUAUAUCUAUUUGCGGAGGACUUGAAACUUCGUCUGAUACUUUAAAGACUCUUGAUUUUGCUGACUGUAAUUUAGAUGAAAACAGCAGCAUUUCUCUUGGAAAUUUAUUGCUAAAAUGUUCAACAGUUGAGAAAGUACAUUUAAAUUGUAAUAGAAAUAUGGGAAGGCAGGGAUUUUCUUCAAUUUGUAAAGGGCUUGUAAAAUCUUCAACCAGUUUAAAAGGCCUAUAUUUCGAUGAAUGUUGCAUUGAUGAAUUUUUGUGCAUUUGUAUUGGAGAUCUACUAACGAAAUGCUCAAAAAUUGAAAAAACAUAUUUUAGAAGUAAUCCAAGUAUGAUCAAUGGCGUUUAUAUAAUUUUUAAAGAAUUGUACGCGUUCCGUGCUAACUUAACGGCUAUAGAUUUUGAAAACUGUAAUAUAACAAAAUAUGUAGCCUUUUAUAUUGGCGAUUUCCUGUCCAAAAGUACUCGAAUUUGUACAAUAUUUAUAGGAUUGAAUAGAGAUAUGGGAGAUGGAUUUUUUCAAAUAUGCAAGGGACUUGAAAAUUCUGUCCAUACUCUAAAAAAUAUUGGUUUUCAAAAUUGUAAAUUAAAUGAAAAUAUGUGCAAAUCUGUUGGAAAAUUAUUGACGAAAUGUUCAAAAAUUGAAAAAUUAUAUAUAGGAUGGAAUUCUGAUAUUGGAAGAGGAUGGAGAGAUAUUUGUAGAGGACUUGAAAGGUCAUCAAAAAAUUUACAAAUAUUUGAUAUCAGACAUUCUUUAUUGGACUCCCACAGUUGUCAGACAAUUAGCAGACACUUUGGAAAGGAUAUUGCUAGAGUAUAGACUGUAAAAUCACAUUGCAAAAACAAUUAAAUAUAGCCGUUGUACAAUUUUCCGAUGUUUUCAUAUUUGAAACAUAGAUAAGUGAAAUUAGUGAAU